UCUCUCCGGCGAUGUCCUAAACUCCGAUCAUCCAUAUCAGAUCAUAGAUUAACUUAACCAUCGGAGUAGUGUCCAUCUUGUAUUGAGAUUUUUUCCGGCUGUUUCCUUCUCCUCGAUGCUUUCCGCGGCGAGCUUUUUCUGAAAGAGGAUAGCAAUAUGGCAGAGGUAGCUGGACCUUCUACAUUGCUGCCUUCUCUACAAAUUGGAGGGAAUACUCUCAAAGUUGGACUGAUGAUUAAGAGGAAGACACCAUCAGAACUCAGAGGAGAGCAGUUAAGGAGGAAUAAUACCAUAGAAGUUCAAGAUGAAUCUCAUCUCACUAGCAGCACUAGUCAGAUGGAUAAUGGCUCCAAAAACCCAGAUCUACCAAGGGUUCCAAGAUAUAUUGACACCCAUAUGGAUGGAGUGUAUCCUGCCAAGAAAACCAGGUUCAUUAUGCCACCUAAAAAGGAAAGUGAGAAGGAAAAUGGUCCAGUUGAGCAACCUUUCAGGCUGCAGAACAUUUCCACAUCUUUAAAUUUAGCUGCUCAAAGAAGACAACUACCACACCCAGAAGAUUCUGAUGUUUGUAAAGAUGAUGCUGCGCAAGCUCAACGUCCACUUGCAAAAUGUAGUCAGGGUACAUUUGUCAGUGUUGCUUUGCUUUCUUCAGGUGGUGAAAGAUCAUCACACUUGCCAGCUGUUGACCUGGAUAAAGCAUUAAAAGGACUAGCUGCCCGUGAAGCAAUUUCUAGCUUACACAAUGAGUCUUCUGAAAGACUGGAUGACCCUUCCACAACUGGAAAUUUUCUCUCUGAAUUCAAUGUUCCAGGCCAAAAGAUCCCUCUGGAUCUUACCUUGAAAACUUUCAUGCGGCUGGUGUCUUCUUCCUCCAUGAAUUGUUUUCAUAGGUCAAUCGUAUGCAGUCCGUAUAACGGUGUACCCUUGUUUACAUCCCAGCCUGGCUAUUCUCCUGGUCAAAAGACUGGCAAUAGCUCAGAGCUCAGAUUGACUUCCCAAUUCCUAAAUACGAAGGCAUUGUAUUCAUGGGUUUACCCUCAAUCUACUCUACCACCCUCUAUCAUAUCAGUUUUGGCCUCAGCAGCAGAUGGAGUGGAAAUGGAUUUCUUAAGAAAACGACAGCGAGUGUGGGAGGAAUCAUUUCGGAGUCUUUACUAUAUGUUUCGGAAGAACUCUUGCCAUAUCUUUUAUGUUUGUACUUCACAUUUUGUGGUGAUGUUCACCGCUGCUGACAGUUUGGAGAGCAGCAGGCGCUCAUGCCAUGCUUAUAUUUCCCAGUCAACUGGAAGUCUGAGGUCACUGUUGAAAGAACACGAUGUUUGUUUCUCUAUGCCUCUUUGCCAUUCAAAAGUAGAGCAAGUAACAACUGAAGAUCUGGUGGAGCUCUCAGAGAUUGAGAAGAACAAUUUGGGCCAGGCUCAACGCCAGAAUACGUUUUCUGAAGUAGAUAAUACUCCACAAUCUUUGCUGGCUUUCAAUGGAAACGACAAUGUACAUGGUUUAUAUGAAAUUUUGUUAAAUUAUAGAUCUUUCUUGACCUUUUUGGGGGCUGCAGAUGUCCCUGUGCUAUAUUCUCCCUCACAAUUUCAGAAUGCCGCUAUUUCUACCCCAGAGGUUAGAUGUAUGGAAAUAAGAAGAGAUGAUCUGAAUAAAGGAUGUUCGUCCAAAAACCGUAAUUGCAUUAUAAAUCCAUCUACUGGUGUUUGCUAUGGCAUUGAAAUCAAGGAUACUUUUCUCCCACCAUGGAUAAUCAGCAGUAUAUGUGCAGUCAUGUGUUCUGAAGGGAGAAGCUUUGAGGCCAGCUUCACAACAGAACGCACAUCCAUUGGACUAAAUGUUGCACUUGGGGCAGUGUCUGAGAAAACUGAUACUGAAGAAACAGUUAACGAAAGCACACAAGAAAUAGCUAAUGCCUUUGGUAUUCCAGAAACUUUUGUUUCUCCUCACCUAAGUUCAGGUCUGCUAAAAGGCUUGAAUUUUUCUAAUAAUUCAUACACAGUUUCUCUAUCGCCCGUAUGACACUGAAUGAUUCUUGAUCUGUGUUGGAGAAGCAUAUUUUGUUCUUCAUUCUGAUGCUUCUGCCACCUAUAUACUUUUUCACUGCAUGUAACUUGCUCUUUCGGUUUUAUGAUUGAUUAAUUCCUCUUUUGUGGAAGGUAUUGUACAAACAGCUCUGUUUUUAACAUUCUUAUACAAGGGGCAAUGCAAUUUGUGAAUUUUGAUUAUGUAUUAUUUUUGGUAUAUGCAGUUUCAAACUAAUACUUGUAGCUAGUUGAAGAGCAAAUGUACAAAUAAAUAUGUCAAUUUUGC